UCAGUGAUCACGGGCAUUAGCAGGACGACAACGGGGUGUUUUUUGUACAAUAAAAUCUGAAAUGCCGUCUACUACAUUUUAGUUGUAAAUAUUAAUUCGUGAAAAAUGUAUCAAUACCAAUAAAUUGUGAAAGAAACCCCAACUUCAAUCUGUGAAGAUAUCGAUCAUCGGAGGCAGAUAAUCAUCACAUGCAGUAACUACCAAAAGAAAAAAAGCUAUUUGAAUCAGAAAGAUUGUAGGAUGGAACCAUCAUGUUCACGUACUAAAAGCAAUAUGAUAUAUGAUCGAGAAAAAGUAAAUAAUAAGACUGGAAAUAAUACCCAUAUGGUAAAAAAGGAAGAUAAUUGUAAUGAUAGGCAAAAAAUUGAUGAUAUUGAGAGAGAGGACUUUGAAGAGGAGAAUAGACUUUUAAACCAUUGUUCUAGUAUGAUUGUUGAUGAGGAAAAUGAGUCGAGACCUCCCUUUUCCAGAAAUCUCUCUAGUUCUAGCUCAAGCCUUACUUCUAGUUCUGAAACUAUAUCCACUUUAUCAAAUCUUAUUUCAAAUGACUUUAACCUGCCCGGUUGUAGUAAAGAUGAUAGUGAUAGCAGUAAUGCAACAAUUAAAAAUAUGAUCCACUGUAAAGUAACUGCAGUCACAGCAAGCACAGAAAAAGCACCAAAAGAAGACUUUAUGCAGAAAUUAUUAAAUAGUGGUAUACAGGAGAAAAAAGAUUUUCCUAGAGGCAAAUUGUAUAAGGGUGAUCUUGAUAGUAAUAUAAAUGAUACAUGUGAUGAAACAAAUGUAAUUGGCGGAUCAUCAGGACGUUGCAACUCUAAUGCCUCUAGUAUUGCCAGCACAAGCCCUGGUUGCAAAGAAUUCACAGUACCGUCCACAUCAAAUGCUGAAAAACUUCUGGGGCUCUGUAAUACACAGAAGGAUGGGGAGACUAGUUCUAAAUCAAAUGGCUAUGAAUAUUGUGAUGGUGAUGACGAGUCUGAAGAUGAAGAAAAUCCGGAAUCAUGGUGUACAUGCCUUUCUUCACAUGAGGAUGAUGACGACGAUGAUGAUUCCGAGCAAGAUGAGAGGAUGUGGAGAAAAAGGCGCCUCGAGCCACCGCCGCCGCAGUCAGCUAAGAAGUUCUGUUCCGACGGUAGUAUGUUGCCGUGUUCCACCGAAUGGUCAUCUAACGGUACCAGCCAGGGGCCUCCAGAAAUUAAUAAGUGGCUUACCAGAUUUCAGUGUUGGUCUAACGGUGAGAAGAUUGAAGCGAUUGAAGCAUUGAUCAACCGCUGUGCAGCAAUUCACGUGCGCCAUAUGAUGAAGGCAAUAGAGCCACUUUUCCAACGCGACUUCAUCUCGCUACUGCCCAAAGAACUGGCGCUGACCGUCCUCGGUUACCUUGCACCCAAAGAUCUCUUGCGCGCCGCACAGACUUGUCGAUAUUGGCGAUUCCUAGCGGACGACAAUCUUCUGUGGAAAGAGCAGUGUCGCCGCAUCGGACUGACGACGUUGAAAAGGGUGCCCCGGUCGAUGCCGCGGUGUGCGAGCCCUUGGAAGGCUGCCUACAUGCGGCAAUCCAUGAUUCAGGAGAACUGGCUACACAAACCUGUCAGCAACCCGAUCGUGAUGCGAGGACAUGACGACCACGUGAUCACGUGCUUGCAAUUCUACGGAAACAGGAUUCUAAGCGGGAGCGAUGAUACAACGCUCAAAGUCUGGUCCGCUAUCACUGGCAAGUGUCUCCGCACAUUGGUCGGCCACAGCGGUGGCGUGUGGUCAUCGCAGAUGGUCGGAGAUUUGGUGAUAAGUGGUUCCACAGACCGAACACUUCGAGUUUGGAACGCUAAGUCUGGACUUUGUCUGAAAGUGUUGGCGGGACACACCUCUACGGUGCGAUGUAUGCACUUACACCAGAACAGAGUUGUGUCGGGCUCUCGAGAUGCGACUCUGCGUGUUUGGUCGAUACCAGAGGGGCGCUGUCUUCGCGUGUUGGUCGGUCACAUGGCUGCGGUACGAUGCGUUCAGUUCGACGGUAAACUCGUCGUCUCCGGUGCGUACGACUAUUUCGUCAAAGUGUGGAACCCUGAAACCGGAGAAUGUCUACAUACUCUUGCCGGACACACCAAUAGAGUUUACAGUUUGCAGUUUGACGGGGUCCAUGUGGUGAGUGGCUCCUUGGACACAUCCAUCAGGGUGUGGGACGUAGAAUCUGGCCAACUGAAGCACACAUUGACUGGACAUCAGUCUCUUACAUCUGGUAUGGAAUUGCAUUCCAAUAUUUUGGUCUCCGGAAAUGCUGACUCCACAGUCAAAGUUUGGGACAUCACAACUGGACACUGCCUGCACACUUUAUCUGGUCCAAACAAGCACCAAUCAGCCGUGACUUGCCUACAAUCUAGCAAUCGUUUCGUGAUUACAUCCUCAGAUGACGGCACUGUGAAGCUAUGGGACGUAAGAACGGGAGAAUUCAUCAGAAACCUAGUGGAACUCAGCUCGGGAGGGUCCGGAGGUGUGGUUUGGCGCAUCAGAGCCUCGGCAACUAAGCUUAUAUGCGCUGUGGGAUCCAGGAAUGGGACGGAAGAAACCAAGCUAUUAGUACUAGACUUCGACGUGCCGGGAGCUUGUAGAAAGUGCGAGGAAUAGCAUCGACUUAACCGACGCCUGUUGCGUCGAUACGCCAACCUCUAUGCGCCGUGGCACUGUUAAUUAUUUCACCGUUGUACUUGGGUUGUGAUGUUCAGAUAACAUACAACACAAUUUAACUCGGUGUUUUACAGUCCACUCUGCCAUUUUGUGACAGUUGAUGAACUAUUAAAAUUUUAUUAUUAACCGACUUGUAACGUCUAUAUUAUGCAACGUUAGAUAUGGAUUAAUAUCGUAGUUAUAAGGAACAGUGAAAUCAGUGUGAACUUUUAAGAGGAGUGAAUGGUUUGGUUUUUGGCUAGGAGCAACUACUGAACAUUACAGUGUUAUUAAUAACUUGUGUAUAUCUUGAUAUACUACUAUUGUACACCAUUAUAAUACAAUACUUAGUUGAUAAGUACGUCAAUUUGUGUCACUGAGUCUUAUGUUGCCAAAUGUUUGUCAUCUCAUAAUAUUUGCUUCAUCGUCCCAAAGAGUAUGUAGUUAUGUGGAUUUCACGUAUUAAAUUUAUUACUUAGGAUAAUUUUAGUUUAUAUAAGCUUAGGACAUUGUUUUUGUUUAUUGACAUCUGACUUAUACUAUUUUGACAUUUACUAUCUAUAUGUAGUGCUAAUGAAGUCGUUAUUCAAAUAUGUAGAAUAAUUAUUAUUGUCAGCCCGUAUUGAUGACAUAUUCAUAGUGCAUUAUACGGACAAGUUAUAUUUAUUAUACAAUCAAUUUAAAUUUUUACACAAUAUUAUGCAUACACGAUGACUUGUUUAAGUAUACGCUUUUUUAUGUAGUAUAAAAUUUAAUUCAUUGUUAUUAUUUUACAAAUGAUGACUUACAAACGAAAUUUACAUUCGAUAUACUUAACAUGUUUUCUUUUUUUAUCUAUGAUCUUAGUUGUUAAACUAAACACAAGUGUAUUCUAGGUUAAUAUAAAUUGUCUAACCAUUAACUUUUGGAUAUGUUUUUCCAAUGACAAUGUAACAUACGUAUAUAAAUACGGUCUGCAAUGUAUCAUUGAAUUGUUCACAUUAUUCUCCAUUUGACAUAUAAAUAAAUGUUGACACAAGUGUUUGCUUGACGUAAUUAUGAUAUAUAACGCGCAUUGGCUCGGGAAAAGCAAACAACAUUCGAAUUUACUUGUUAACUAAACUUAAAUAGCCAACACAUAUAUUAGCAUAAUUAUUGCUUCAAUAUCACACUGUACCUUGGAGGUAAUUGAUAGUUGUACAUGCAUUAUUUUUAUUAAUCCCUUUCUGUGGUUAACACAAUAGUAAAAUGUAUCUUUGAAACAAGAAACAGUGAAAACACAACUUUUGUAUCAUAAUGUCAACAACGAGUCAUGUCUUAUUCUAUAAAUUAUAAUCAGAUAAAAUAAAACACUUAAAUUAUAAUAAGCAUUUAACAUGUUAACAAUUUCAUAAUAAUACCUAUGUAUGUAUUAAUAUUUUUGUGUUUUUUAACCGACUUCAAAAAAGGAGGAGGUUCUCAAUUUCUUUUUUUACAGUGUGCAUAAGUAUAUGCUUCCAGUCUCACAAUACAUGGCUGUGCGCCGGGCCCAUCUACUUAUUCAGUAGUAAUUAGUAUUGAAACUUUACAUCACUGUGUUAUAUUUAUUUUGGUGUUGAAUUUAUUUUAAAAAUAUGUACUAUUUGUUGUUGUUUCUGUGUUUUAAGUGAAACAUUCAUUAUUGUCAUAAUUAGGCGUUAUACUUCUCCUUAUUUUAUUAUGUAAUGAAACUAAUGUUGAAAUGAAAUUGAAUUUGUAUUUCUUUUUCAAUAUUCACGUUAAAUAUAACUAUUCAAUUUAUAUUUACAGUGAAAUGAAAUUAAUUUGAAUGUUUUUCAGUUUGAUCUUUCUCAAACUUAGGUUAUAUUGUAAUAUUUAAUAGCAAUGAAUUAUAUUAAUCAUAAUAUGUAGAUUAAUAGAAGUGGCCAGCAAUUUGUCAUUAUAGUAACUAGGUUUAAACUUUUUAUUAUCUAAUAGUUGAUAAUGUUUGAACUUUGUACCGAAUUAACUUCAUAAUAACCCAUGCUUAGACAUCAUAACCUGUAAUAAGUAGAUAAAGUUAGCUUAUAUAUGAAUGUAAGGGUGUAUAUGAUUCAGAUUCUCUCAUGUUAUCCAUCGGCGGGCAGCGGGAAAGACUAGUUAGCUAGUGACUAUUAAAGGUGCGUACAGACUGAUGAAACGUAACGUGAAAUGAAUCAAUCUAACUUUCAUCACAUGUUCAUUCAGUACAACCUCCCGCGUACGUUUGUUUCCGCCAUUCAGUCGCCCCGUUGUGUUCGUAAGAAAAACCGUUACAAAUGAGAAAUCGUUACUACGUGUGUAACGUUUCAUGACACAUAGGCAUAAAAGGCAUUUAUUUUCUCAAAAUUUAUUCCUUUAGAAUUAUUUUUGAUGUCAUUUCUAAUAUACUAGAUACUACUAUCGCUUUGGAAACAAAUCGAGCUUUGAGAGAGAAGAAGCGGCGCAUGAAACUAGCAUUGCUGUUUGCGCUCUUUUUAAUAAAAUAUACAAUAUUGUACUGUCAUUGCUAUUGCUAUAAAAUAAUCAUAAUCUAGGCUGUCCAUUCACUUAGAUAUUCAGCUGUGGAGUAGUAGGAUUUACGACAGAGCCAUUUUUAAAUAAAACAUUUAACUUUAUGUAUAGAUAAUGCCUGAACAGUGGCUGGGACUUAUUAUAAAAGUGUAUACAUUUACCCUUAAAGCUAUUAUGUAUCUUAUGAAGCCUACUGGAAUAAGUUACAAGCAAUCCCUGAUUUCUAGUGUUAUAAUAAUGAAAAUCACCAUUAAGAGCAAAAAGGUGACGAGUUUUGUGAACGUAUAUUAAAUUUUCAUAAUUGGAGUGAUGUGUACUGCGAAUUCUUUCAUUGCAUGAUACAUUUCAUGUUACGUUCCACCAGUCUGUACGCACCAUUACAUACAUAAUGGUAGAAAGAUUGGGAUGCCUUGAAUGACACUCUCACGUUUUAUAAUAUGUCUAGAUGUCCACGACAAUAAUAUGUAAUUAAUAUGUGUUCUUCACUUGAGAGUAAUUCCAUCGACAUGUAUUACGCAUAAUGCCUUUAGUUGCACUUGCCAUAAUGCAAUUUAUAUAAGUGUAGGCUAUGUUUCUUUGCGGUUAUUUUGACAUAUCGCUAAUGAUUCGAUAUCGAUAACCUAAUAAAGUCGUUUCGGAUGUUAGACAUAACAAAUAUCAUAUCUUAUUCAUUUGGUAAUAAAAUAAUUAUUAAUAUACAGUUUGCUGCUAUCGCGACUAUUUAGACAAGGCAGACAAUAAAAAUGAAUUAAAAUGAUCACAGCACAUUAUUCUAUUUAUUGCCUCACAUAAACUUAAUUAUAUAUUUAUUUAUUUAUCUCAUUUAUAAUGAGGCUCAGUGAAGCCUGUUGUCAAAAAUAAAUAAAUACGAAAACUCACCGGUUCUAAGCGAUAUUUAGCUUGGCUUCAAUAAAAAUAUUUUUCAGCCUGUUUAAUCCCAAAGGAUUUAAAAAAUAAAAAGCUUGCCUCACUUUUAUAGGUUUUUGUCAUAUCACAUAAUCAAGUAUUUUGUGUUAUUUAUAGUGUAGAGUUGAUAUAUAUCCGGGCACUUUUAUUUGUGCCUUGCGGAAUUAAUAAUUUGUACAUUGUAUAAUAUCAUUAUUUGGUAGACGCUUUUAUCGCUACCAACUUUUUUUUCAUUUGUGUAGAUGAUAGCGAACACAUAUUUAAUAAAAAGCAAUAAAUACCACAACACAUGUCAAUAUUUUUAGGCGAUGUAUAAACGCUGAAUUAUUGUAAUGUAGGUGUAGUAUUUUAUACAAUAUUAACUGAGUCAUGCUUAGUAGGUUAGGAACUAGACAUUGUAGUCUACAUAAUAUGCGAAUAUCAUUAGGUAAUUGGUAUGAAUAAUGCUUACAUUCGAAAGAGAUGGAACAACAAUUGGGCCUGUAAUGCUUAUAUUACUGGCUCACUCACAAUUAGAUUAUAAUCAUACUCAAAUAGAAUUAAGGAAGUAAUUUUAACUUAGUGAAUUCAGUCGGGCCAUACGUUGGCAUCACAUUCUUUUAUGUAUUUUACUCAGACGACUCAUCGGACCCAAUGAUGCUGUCCAAAGUGAUAACUACGAUGAACUGAAAAGUUCUAGAAGAAUGUUUCAAUUUGGUGCAUUAAUUAUACAGCAAAUUAACAUUGAUUCUGUGUGAUGUCGUCAAAUUAAUAAUUGGUCUAAUGCUGUUUCGCCCGACUCUAUGUAAUGUAGUGUAAUGCAUGAACAUACCGCGCUGUUAAACACACCAUUGUUAUAAUAAUAUAUUACUGUGUAUUUAUAAUUAAGACGUCUCGUAAUAAUAAAGAAACGUUGAUAAGUUUCCUUCUAGUUUUUUGAUACGGGGAUGUGUCUUAGUUUUGAGACGAAUUAUGUAAUAUUGACGGUGCAGGAGUUGUGUAACAAGUAGCCCGUUCUGAAGUUUGUGACAGUUAUGUGUACUAGUCGGACGUGUAAAGUAUGGGAUGGCAAUUGGACUCUUAUCUUCUCGCUCUUAUACUUCCGGUGUACCGGUAUAUAGAUUGCAGGUAAAUGAAAAUUUUUGAGGUGAAAAACUUGUGAUCCUUUGCAUUGUUGAGUGUGAUUCUGUGAGUACUAAAUGAGACUGAGCCGUCGCGCUUGUCUGUGCUACGGUCGUUUGAAUAGUCCGCUUAAUUUGAUUCAAAAAGCGCAGACAGAGAAAAAUUUUGCCCCGACUCAUUUAUACACUAUAAACAGACAAACACACAUGGUCAACGAUCAGACAUUUCUAAUAUAAUUCUUUCAUAGUAUAAUAAUAUGCUCCGCCUGGAAUUCUCUUCCCACGAUGGCCCAACUACUACGUCAGGAUAUAAUAAAUGUCAUACUGACAGCUCGCCAUUUCAUCGCUAUUGUCGUUUCGCUCACACCUAUAGCAAGUCUAUAGCGUUGUUUCAUUCGAAAAUAGUUAUCGGACCUGAUGACGUAUUCUUAGACCAAUCACGUGAGCCAGCUGUCAACCGAAGAGAUUACCAGGCGGAGUAUUAUUAUAUGAAUUCUUUAGUCGUACGACUACGUACUAGUUCUAAGGUUUGAGCGGUUGCUGAGAGCGGAGUGCUUGUUUCGCGACAGUUACAUGUACGCGUAGACAUUUGAUUGGAGGGUCGAGGUAUUGCCGAAGGUUGCGUGCGGCUAAAUAUUUCAAACGAAGACUGAAGUAUAGGUAUAAUGUAAUUAUAGUAUUUAAUAAUGUUCGCGGGCGAGGAUGCACAGAUACGUCGAAUGUUGCAGCGACUUGCGACACUUGAUCUCAUUAACUCUCCGUUAUAAUCCAGUGUAAUACCCACAAUCACUCGACUCCCGUCUUUGUUGGUCUUGAAUCACUCAAUAUAUUGAUAUAUUUAUGCAUCCGUUUGAUUUGGUGAACUAUUUGUUUUAUUUUAAGUUACGUACGUUAAGUUCGGCUGCGUUUUUUGGUGAUUAUGAUAAUGAAACUAGUUUCUGUAUAAUUAUUAUUUUUUCAUCAAUUCAUAUUGCUCAAACAGCGAUUUAAUAAUGAUGCAAUUUUAACUUUCAUAAAAUUUAUGACAGUUUAAACCUUCGAAUAGUUAUAGUAAUUACGGUUUGACCACAUAUAUCACAAAUAUUAUUGUAAUUAUAUGUCAUUCAGACUAUCAUGUCGGUUUCAUUGCUUCAGUACACUAAUGGUUUAAUAAGAUUUUCAAAUACUUUUCCCUGCGAAUGCUGUUGCGUGUGAAUGGCUCUAGCGUGGUUAAAUAUUAAUUUUGGAUUGGGUCUCAAUUCUUAUAAUUAUAUUAAUCACUUACUACAAACACCAAUCAAUAACAACCUACACUAGCUGCUUUGAAUAUAAAUAACUCAGUAAUAUCUCGACUGAGAUCCGCGCCGCUUAUAUUAUUGGACCGAGUCCCGCGGCCUUUUUAUUUUAGUCGUUCGAGCUCUGCGCCACUUGUUCUCCAGUGGACUUGCCACUGCCUCGUAACCGCUUCGCUUAUCCGCUUACGAAAAAGCGGUUUUUUUGAGAGUAGUCCUCCAUUAAUUUAAGUUUAAAUUCUAAAAAUUCAUCCUACCUAUGGUAAGAGGCGAGACCAUAAAUUAUUUGAAAAUC